GAUUCCUAUCACGCGCAGGAAUCGAGCAGGUGGGAAACAUGAGUUACUUAAUACUUGAGAAGCGCUCAGUGGCGCUCAGUUAGCAUUCAAUAGCGUAGUAAGAAUGGUCGAGUUGAGAUUAUUAGUAUUCUUGGCGAUUAUCGCGUUCGCGUUCACGAAAAGUGUGCCAAAAAAAGAGUUGCCCCCAUCAUGUGACAGCAAGAUUUAUUGCCAAGGUAAUUUGUUAAACACGGUGCAAAUGGCCCGAGUAUUCCCCGAUUCUAAAACAUUCGUCGAUUUAAGUUUAUCGCAUAAAAAAGACGAGGUGUUGAAGAACUUCGAAAUUUUCAUGGAAAAUUCUAAUCAAAACCCUAAUCAAAGCGAUGUUAAGAAAUUCGUCGGUGAGAACUUCGUGGAAGGAAAAGAAUUGGAGAAUUGGGUUCCUCACGAUUAUAAUGAACAUCCCAAUAUUCUCAAUAAAAUUAGUGAUGCUUCAAUUAAAAAUUUAACAGCCGAGAUUAACGCGAGGUGGCCUAAAUUGGGUCGAAAAGUCGUGGAGGAUGUUAAAAUCAACCCAAAUGAGCACUCAUUGAUUUAUGUUCCAAACGGGUUCAUCAUCCCUGGUGGAAGAUUCAAAGAGUUUUAUUACUGGGAUUCUUAUUGGAUCGUGAGAGGUCUUUUAAUUUGCGAAAUGUACGAAACGGCUAAAGGUAUCCUCGGAAACUUUUUAUCGAUAGUUGAUAAAUUCGGUUUUAUCCCCAACGGGGGGAGAGUUUAUUAUUUGCAAAGAUCCCAACCGCCUCUUUUAACGAAGAUGGUUAAAGACUAUUACGACGCCACCAAAGAUUUAACUUGGGUCUCUUCAAACAUAGAAAUCGUUAUUAAAGAGUUGGAAUGGUGGUUAAAUAAACGAUUCGUCUCUGUUAGUCUUGAAGAUAAAUCGUAUAGAAUGGCCGCUUACACUUCGGCUAGUUUAGGACCACGACCUGAGUCAUACAGCGAAGACAUCGCAACAGUUCAAAUCUUUGAAUCCGACGAAAAGAAGCAAUACGUUUUUAACCAACUCAAAAGUGCUGCUGAAAGCGGGUUCGAUUUUUCAACGAGAUGGAUCUUCGACGAAAAUGGAACUCAUUUCGCAAACAUUUCAUUCACCGAAACAUCUAGAGUCAUCCCAGUUGACUUAAACGCAAUCUUAUACGGAGCUUUUAACGAUUUAUCCUAUUUGUGCUCAAUCCUUUCGAAAUCAGAUCAAGAAAAAAGAUGGAAAAACGAAGCCGAUUCGUUAAAAGACGCAAUCUCAAACGUGUUAUGGGACGAAAACGAUGGGAUUUGGUACGAUUUCGAUAACAAAUUAAAAAGGAGGCGACCUUUCUUCGCAGCAAGUAACUUAGCGCCUUUAUGGACCCAAGCUUAUGACACUACAAAAAGUAAAGAAUACGGGAUGAAAGCGGCUGGUUAUCUCGUUCGGGAAAAAAUCACCAGCUAUAAAGGGGGGAUACCAACCACGUUAUAUAACAGUAAUGAACAAUGGGACUUCCCCAAUGCUUGGCCUCCACUUCAAUCGAUUGUUGUUAACGGGUUAAGAAGUACCGAAGUCCAAGAAGCGAUGGAUUUAGCAAAAACGUUUGCCGAAAAUUUCGUUGAAGCCGCGAGGAUUGGGUUUGAGAGAGAAAAUGCUUUUUUUGAGAAAUACGACGCCGUCCAACAAGGACAAUACGGCGGCGGGGGAGAGUAUCAAGUUCAAACUGGUUUUGGAUGGACCAACGGAGUUGUUCUUGAAUUUAUUGAUUUGUAUUUUACCGGAAAUAAGUUGAAUAAAUCACCCAAAUCCAGGAAACAUAAUUAAAUUAGUAAAUAAUAAUGUAUUAAUGUUUUUAGUAUUAAAUGUAAUGAUAAUCUUGGUAUUUGUGCACGAUAAAUAAUAAUAAAUGAUAUCGAUUUGA